CGUCUCCAGAAAACAGUGAAGCAAGCUGCAAAGCAGAGAGAUUUUACGGUCCUCUGGGAGUCUUUCUUCGGGAGAGCAGCUGCAAAGAAGUGAAAAGUUGGAAGAAAACAAGAGCUAACAAAAAAUGAAUACAGACAUCACAGCAUCAGCAAAGCCAGAAUAUCCAGUGAUAGAUCGCAAUCCACCCUUCACCAAGGUCGUGGGCAACUUCAGCACCCUUGACUACCUCCGCCUCACCACCAUCACCGGCGUUUCAGUCACGGUCGGCUACCUCUCCGGAAUAAAGCCUGGGAUAAGGGGGCCAUCAAUGGUGACUGGGGGAUUAAUUGGACUGAUGGGUGGGUUCAUGUACGCGUACCAGAAUUCUGCAGGGAGGCUUAUGGGAUUUUUCCCUAAUGAUGGAGAGGUAGCCAAGUACAAGAAGUUGCUCUAGGGUUCUUGCCCUGUCUUGUGCUAAUUUGUAGCAUUUCUUUACAUUUUCUAGAGAUAGUUGAGGAAAGGAAGGAACUUUGUGACGGUUUUGGUGAAAAAGGUGCUAUGAGAAAUAAUUAGACUCUGGCUACUCUUUGAUUCGGAUUGUUUUUGUUCUCAGUUUAUAUAUUGAUCAUUCAAGAUGCUUCUUUUACUCCCAAUUUGGAUUGUUGUCUUA